GGAGGAACUUAGCGAAGCACAAGUGUGCAGAGUAGCACGGAAUCCAAGGACUGAAACACACGAAGAGACCUGGCACAGAUAUGUGGCUACUGUCUUUCAUUUUACCAAUUUUGAGGCUGUAUUUAGUGGGAGUUAAAGUUCUUCUGUAUCAACUGUUCAACAAGUCUUUUACGUUACCAGGUACUCAGUAAUGAGUGAAGGCACCUAAAAGGAUCAUUGUCAAAGGAACAAAAUGGAGGCCAAAGGUGCUUCCUCAUCUAAUCUCCACCUUGUCGCACAUCCAAGGGCAAAAAGUAAAGUAUGGAGGUAUUUCGGCUUUGACACCGAUGCAGACGGGUGUAUACUACACUGGAGGAGGAUCUACUGUCGCAUAUGUAUGACUCAAAUAGCAUAUUCCGGGAACACCUCUAAUCUCUCGUACCACCUGGAGAAGAACCACCCAGUUGAGUUCUGUGAGUUUGUGAAGAGCAACACGGAGCAGAUGCGUGAGGCGGUCGCAACGGCCUACUCCAAGAUAAAGACUGAACCUAUGCAGCAGCAAUGUCAGGAAGCCAUCCUGAAGCAGAGCCCAGCGUUUGAAAAUAUCAACCGACGGCAUAAUGAUCUGACGUCUGCGAUCAUCAACUUUGUCUGUGAAGGGAUGUACCCUGUGUCUGUGGUGGAAGAACCCACCUUUCAGGCCCUUUUAAGGACUGCAGAUCCAAGAUACUUGCCCCCUAGCAGAAUCGACGUAGCAAUGAAGGCCCUACCACAGAGGUACAAUCAGAUCCGAGAUGCAGUGCUGGGUGAGGUGGCAGGGGUGGUAAACUGCGGUGUCUCAACUGACCUUUGGCAAAGCCAAACCCAGAACAGGACCUACAUCUCCCUGUCCAUGCACUCUCUGAACCAAAACGGACUAGGUUCUGGUUUCUCCAUGAGUUCCAAAUGCCUGAAAACUUUUGAAGUUCCAGAGGACAAUACAGCUGAGAAUAUUACCAGAGCAUUGUACGAAGCCUUUGUCGAAUGGGGGAUAACUCAUAAAGUCAACGGUGCCACCACUAACGGUUCAUUGGACAUUGUGAAAGCUUGCUCUCUUCUGGAUCUAUCCGUGCAGAUGCCUUGUCUUGGCCACACUAUAAAUCGAGGGAUGGAUGAGGCCUUUCAGCUGCCCAGAAUUGACUGCUUUUUGGGACGUUGCCGCAAACUUGUUGAUUAUUUCCAACAGUCCGUGAUGGCUAUGUAUCUGCUGCGAGAGAAGCAGAGGCAGCAAGGCCUAGUCCAGUGUGUCCUCAUCAGAGACAGGGUCCGAUCCUGGGUGACCACACUGACUAUGCUCCAGCGCCUGAAAGAGCAGCAGGCCAUUAUCAGUGUGGUACUCAUGGAGGACAGUGACAACCAUCAGCUGAGUUUCAAGGACAGUGAAUGGAACAUGGUUGAGGGCUUGAUUGGAGUUCUGCAACCUUUCAAACUGGUAGCUGACAUGAUAACAGACUGUAGGUAUCCGACCAUUAGUAUGGUGAGGCCUGUCCUUCACAUGCUGCUGAACACAACCCUCAAGGCCAAAGAAGGGGACGCAAAAGAGGUUGGCAUGGCCAAAGAGGUCAUCUCCAAGGUGUUGUCCAGCACCUACCCGCAGACGUCUGAGAUUGCAACGUUUCUCAACGUCGCCACUUUCCUGGAUCCCCGUUACAAGAGGCUUCCUUUCCUGUCCCCCCACGACCGCUCCCAAGUGGAGAGUAAAGUCAUUGAGGAGGCCAAAGCCAUUCUUGAGAAACAGAGGAAUGAGAAUGUGGUCACAGAUGAAUUGGCUCCUCUUUCUGAUGAGCCACCCAACAAAAAACAGGCUCUUGACAAACCCUCUCCUUCAUGUAGCAAUGCAGGCAACCCUUUGGCUGUGAUAUUUUGCCAGUCAGGCAAUGACGAGAACCAAGAGGAGCUACACGCUCAGGUCGUGGAAGAGCUGAGCAACUUCAAAUCCCAGAAGAUCCUGGGUCUCAACGAAGACCCUCUCCAUUGGUGGUCGGACCGUAUGGGCUUAUUUCCUACUCUCCCCAAGGUGCUCCAGAAGUACUGGUGUGUCCCCGCCACUAGUGUCCCCUCCCACAGACUGUUCAGUUCCUCAGGGACUUUCUUCUGUGGUAAGAGGAACCGCCUCACCCCGGCACAUGUAGACCAACAGGUGUUUCUCUAUGAAAACUCACGCCGCUGCAAUGAGGCUGAACCUGUUGAGGAUGACUCAGGGGAAUGGGGCUUGGGACAGGAGCAGGACUCUGGGUCAGGCCAUGGAAUAACUGGGCAAGCCACUGCACACUACCAAACAGUUACAAUACCCUAAUCCUAAAGGAAAUACUUAACAAUAGAAUAUAUACUGAGGGCAUUUAGUUCUUUACUAGUAAAAAGGAUUUAUGUGAGUGUAACAUCUGGUGAAUUUUCUAUUUCUGAUCAUGCUGCGAUUUUAUUUCAUUAACUAUUUGAUGUAGGGCUAAAUGGCUUUUAUUGUCCCAAUGUUCAAGUCAUUUCUGAGUCAUUGUUUGCUUUGCUCUUUGAAGUCCUUAGACUGUUUAAGAUGUCUUUACAGUACAUUUUAGAUUAGCUUUGAUGUGCCAAGCUUUGUUAUCUGUACUGAACUCUCAGAAGAAUAUAAAGUAUAUCCUAUAUAACUUGAA